CUGUGACUCUGUGAUUGUGUGACUGUGUGACUGUUUGAAUGUGUGACUGUGACUCUGUGACUGUGUGACUCUGUCGCUUUUUCUCCACUUGAGGGCGACAGAGUCACUUCCGGGUUCUGGUUUCCGUGGAAACGACAACAGAAAAAACAGUGUGAACUCGAGGUGAUUUUCUGGAAGAGGAUUGUAAAGAGUGGGAGAGAAAAUGAGUGUGAAGUUGGAGGAGUGCAUCAGGACUGUUUUUGAGGAACACCUCUCAGAGAGUGUUAGCGUGCAGGAAAAGGGUGUGUGUUCAGGAGUCACAUGUCUACUGGAAAAGCGCAGACAGAUUAAACACGUGGACGGUGUGUUGAGGACUCAGAGACGGGAGUUUGAGGUAAAGAGAGAGAGUCUCAGACAGAGAAGAGACGAGUUGAAGAAAGAAGAAGAAAAUCUUAAAGACUCUUUACUGAAGUUUGACAAAUUUCUCAAAGAGAACGAUGCUAAGCGAGCGAGAGGUGUGAAGAAGGCGGAGUCUGAGCGAGCCGUGCUGAGAGAGCGAGAGCGAGAGCUGGAGCUGUUACACACACACAUCGCCGCCCUGCUGGUGAAAAAGGAGAAACUGCGUGCGAGAGUCGAGCGCUUCAGAGUCUACUGUGAGUUCUUACACACCGUACUGAAGACGGCCACGAAGUUUGAGGACGUCGGGCAGCUUGUGGCUCGCUUCGAGACGCUGAUGUCGACGCGAGAGCACCUGCUGAGACGGCAGAGCGAGAUGGAGAGACAGAGAGAGAGCGACAGCUUAGAGCUGAGACGCUACGUCAGCGAACAAAACUCCAUCUUACUGCAGUACAGCAACACGCUGUCACAGCUACAGACCGAGCUGGACAACGUCCUGUCUCACACACUCGCGCAGGAGUUGUCAAGGAAUCACAUCCAGGCUGCGGCGGUGAAAGAGACGCAUCUGUUGAGUCAGAUAAAGGUGGUGACCCUUAACCUUUAUCACAUGACCGGCGGCAUCACGGGCGGAGACGAAGGCGUUGAUGUGGACGACACUGUGGAACAGCUGGACCGGGUUCGGCUGUAUAUCGAGGAUCGGGCCGAGAUCCUCGCGCAUCUCAGAUCAGACAGAAGCAGCAGAUCCUCCAGGCUGAGUGACGGGGAGUAAAAGUCUGCACACACACACACACACACAGCCAGUGUUGUACGACACACACUGUUACAAUCUGUCUGACAAAUAAACACUAUACACGUACUGUGCAAAAGUUUAGGCACCCUAAUUUUUCUAUGCAUUUUGUCAUAGUUGUUUAUUUCAUGUAUUCCGCAUUAAUGUAGAGAAUUUCUUCUGGCAAAAAAAAAAAAAAAGUUACUGAGAAUAUUUUUAUAUCAUUAUAGAACAUCAUGUAUUACAUUUCAGAUCUUUUUUUUUUUCAAAUAAAAGGAAUUUAUUGUACAUUCACUGUUUUUUUCGUUUAUCUGGUAUGCAGUAGACGUCGUGAUGUUACAUCAUCAGCGUGCGUCCACUUGACUAGCUGCACGUUAUCGAAAUUACCGCUAGGCAUCGAAUAUUUGUUCAUAUUGACUUUUUUCAGAUGUAAUUCAUUUAAAAAGAAAAGAAAACGAAUAAAAGAGUGUGUCGUAGGUUUCGUUUUGAAUUUGCGGCGACACACUGCUCACGCUGCACGACCCUGAUCAUGUGACUAAUCAGCGCUUUUACUAUCUGUUAAUGUUUUAAUGGCUCAGAUCUGGAACAUCAGGGAAAUAAACCACACGUACAAUAUCACACACUUCAUCUUCUAAUCAAGAUGUAAGGAAUAACACACUCCGUGUGGUGCUGUUAUAGGAAAAUAAUCAGUGACUGGG